CUUGGUGCAGAGGAUGAUACAGUAGUGAAAGAAACUAGGUGGGGUUUUGGUUUUCUUUGCUCUGCUUGUGUUUUUGUCGUAGUGAUUUUGUUGGCGAUUUUCUCGACAAAAUCUUCGGGAGGAAAAUGGAGACAUCUCUGAGGUAUAACUACGGUUCCAAGUCUUUGAAAAUCCAUGCUAAGGAGAAGCUCCCGGUGAACUCGGCAACCCAUUUGCAGCUUCAUGGAGAGCUAGAUACUGGAACUGGAGCCCCGAGUUACUUCUGUGCGAUGAUUAGACGCUUCUUCCCUGAGGCUUCAACAGGACUUGGAGUAGGAUUGCAUUAUGAUAAGCGCCAAAAGCUUCGGUGUCAUGUACGUGGGAAAAAAGAGUUUCCUGUGAGAACUGAUAAGCUUGUGACAUUUAAUAUUAAAGGGCGGUGUGAUUUUGAUCAGGACUUCAAUCAGAAGAAUCCUAAGGGAGCUGCAGAAUUUUCCUGGAACAUAAUGAAUUUUAAGGAAGAUCAGGAUGUACGGAUCAAAGUUGGCUACGAAAUGUUUGAUAAGGUCCCUUAUAUGCAGAUUAGAGAAAACAAUUGGACUCUGAACGCAAACAUGAAGGGAAAAUGGAACUUGAGGUUUGACCUGUAACUGCAUUUAGUAUUUUGUAAUCAUCAUCUGAGAAUUGUAUUAUUACCACUACCGGUAAACUCAUUUUAAUUCUACCAGUUAAUCAAUUUUUAGAGAUCUUCCAAAUCAUCUCCGUUACUAUUG